UCCAAUGGGAUGUAUCUUGUACACAAAACAUACACAAAUUCUGUAGCAAGCAACCAACCGUCCAUUUUCGUAUAAUCGCAUGUGCUGCGCUGGUACUGUGUGAAGUUAUAGGUAUCUAUACACUUGCUAGAAGUUAUGAACUGUCUUGUUUUCAGAGUAAAACAUGGAGAUAAUUCUUUUGAUCCAGUGAGUGAUUUGGUGUAAAGGAGGGAUCCGAUUCAAUAGGAGUUGACACUGACGUUUAGAUCAACCGAUUUAUUCCCACGAAAAAAAUGGCCCACACUUCGUACGAUUUACGAAGUUCGACAACGUCCAACCGGAAUACAACUCCGGGGUCGUCGUCGCGUCGCCGUGCUGGGGGCAAACAGUCUACCGAGCGGGGGUGGUAUUGCUCGGCCGAGUUCUGCCGGAGCGUUGUGGCUGAGUGCAUCGGUACGUUCUUCUUCAUGGUGGUGGCAUGCAUGGUGGAUUUACAGUGGGACUCAACCAUUGGGGUAGAUGUUGUCAGACUGGGCUUGACACUUGGUUUUGCAGUGGUGACAUUGGUACACUGUUUUGAGCACAUCAGCGGAGCACAUUUAAACCCAGCAGUUACUGCAGCGUUCAUGCUCAUCAGACAUACUGGUAUCAUACAAGGGUUGUUCUACAUAGCAGCUCAGUUCCUAGGUGCUGCGACUGCCGUGCUUCUCCUAAAGGGUUUCUUGCCAACGUCGGUCGUGGGAAACAUGGGCAGCACGAUGGUCACCUCCCAGAUCACAUCCCAUCAGGCAAUGGGGCUGGAGUUUCUCAUGACGUUUCUCUUGGUGUUUACGUUUGUGUCGUCCAUCGAGGCCACCAGGUUCGCCUCCAAGCUCGUUGCUCUGCCCAUCGGCCUGGCCUACCUUACAAAUACGUUAUGGGGAUACGAGUUCACUGGUGCUAGCAUGAAUCCUGCCAGGUCGCUCAGUUCUGCAGUUGUCCUCGGAAAAUCUGAGGGCUGGCCGGUCCUUCUUGAGGUUUAUCUCGCCGGUCCAGUCGCCGGAGGCGUCUUGGCAUCGCUCAUCUACAAGUUCAUCUUUGACCCGACCUUCGUCUCGGGUAGCAUGAGGUCAUUUCGUUCCUCCUCGACCAUCGACUCAGAAGAUGACAAUAACAUGAUCGCGCUGCAGGCCAUCUCCUCGCACAGGAAGGACGAGAGGGGAACAAGGGGUGUGAUCUAGAUUUAACCGAAAUAAAAAAUAUGACAAAAGUGCAGUGGAGAGCGUAACUUCCCAGAAUGAAAAAGACUUCAAAGAAAACAAUUUUUUGGGGAACAAAAUGUGACCAAAGUGGAAAUUGGGAUUUCUCAAGUUGGCUGGUAACCUAUUUCUGGUUAGCCGGAUUUUCGGACACAUGUCACAGAAGUACCGACAGGUCGUGAUACAUGGUACUUCACGGAGGCAACAAAGGCGUUUGCGUCCAUGCCCCCUGUUCAUUGCCUUGGUGCCCUUGAACUGAUCCAGUAGAAAUUUACAAUUUCCUAAUACAUGUAGGGUGCCCUAUACUAACGGAAAAUGGCUUGGUGCCCAUUCAAAAAUGAAGUAUACAGGCCUGUACAGAUAUUUGUUGUUUUUACGGCGCUGCGACUUAGUUGUUUUUCGACUUGUAUUUGAGCCCCAAUCAGCUGAAAUAUUAAAUAAUCGGGUUCCAAAAGCUUGUGAGGAAAACGACAGAGUCGCCGGGAAGUAUUUUUUUCCAUUUCAGGAAGUUGCGCUUCUUAUCAAAGAUGCAGGGACUAGACUCAGGUUUGAUACUAACUGUUUUAGGCUUACAUCAACUGUAUGUUUAAAAACAUGUAUUGAUUAGACUGUAGAGUGUAGGUAGCAUCUAUCUUCGUUUUGUAUACAUCAAACUAAAAGUUUCUGUACAGAGUUAUUUUUUAAUAGAUUGAAGAACCCCGAUGGUCUUGUUCCCUGUAUACUCACAUAGUUGAGACUUAAAUUCAAAACGCACAGACUAUUUUUCCCUCGAUCCGUCUUUUUGGAACACAUUGAUUUGGAUGGAAGAAGUUUUACGAUGGCUGAAUCACGCAGGUACCUAAUGUGCACUGCUUCAUAUUAAGGCGAUAUUUGGUGUGUAUGAAAGGAGAGAUUUACCUUUCAGUAGAACUCACAAAGAACUUGCUCAAGCUGUUGGAGACGUUGACAACUACCAAAGGUGUCCAGUGCCUUUAAAUACAUCUCUCUCUCUAGUAACGAAAUCCCAGGACCAGCAAAAGUGCCUUGCACUGUAACUUGUAGGCCUGAAGAUGCAAGUUUCAUGUAAACAGUUAUCUUCAGGGGCCAAUUUCACAUACCACUGCUUUAAAGCAAUUUUUUCGUGGUAACUAUUUUCGUGCUAAGUUUUUCAGGUUAGUAAGAAAACAAGAAUGCCAGCUUGCGCAUUCACCAUGAAUUUGCGUUGUUACUUAUGGAAGGUUAGCAUGCCUUUUUUUUGCUUACGGUUACCAGUGUUGUCAAAUGGAGACUCCCACAGUAAACACACAAUUUGCUGGUAAGCAGCUCUAGGGAGUUGGACCCCAGUGCCAUACACGAACAGUGUGUACAUAGUAUAUAAUAAAGUUGUACCAUAGAAAGUGAGGAGGACCUUUUAUAUUUUUUUAUUGACAAAAAAAAAAAAUCACUGUUUUGACUUCCAGUAAUUUUUAAAAUUAGUUUUUCCCACAAGGGCCUGAUUAGUAAAGAUUUUUUUCCUUGUAUAUUAUUAGUUCAUCAUGUUCAUGUGAGAUUUUGUUUGAGAAUGUCAAACAGUACUCAUGAAAUUAUUGAGAUUUAAUGGGGAUGCACAGACAUUUAUUUACACAGAGAUCAUGAGAAAUAAUUUCAGACUUCAGGUUUAAAGGCAGUGGACACUAUCGGUAAUUACUCAGAAUUAAUUAUUAGCAUAAAACCUUACCUGGG